AUGGCUGCCAAGCAAUCUGCUUUGGACUUCUUGUCCUUUGUAAAUUCUGCCCCUACCCCUUUCCAUGCCGUCCACGAAGCCAAGGAGCUCCUGACUAAGGCUGGAUUCCAAGAAAUCAGGGAGAGAGAGUCUUGGGCGUCGACCUGUCAACCGGGAGGCAAAUACUACUUGACUCGCAACACUACUACCCUUGUGGCUUUUGCGAUCGGCCAGAAAUGGCAGCCGGGCAAUUCCAUCUCUAUGAUCGGUGCCCACACUGACUCUCCGGUGUUGAGGGUCAAGCCCGUUAGCAAGAAGAGCGGGGAAGGUUUCAUCCAGGUCGGUGUUGAGACCUACGGUGGAGGCCUCUGGCACACUUGGUUUGAUCGUGAUCUGGGUGUCGCUGGCCGGGUUAUGACUCGGAAAAGCGACGGAUCUAUCGUGCAGAAACUGGUCAAGAUUGACCGUCCCAUCCUCCGUAUUCCAACACUGGCCAUCCAUCUGGACCGCCAGGAGACCUUUGCAUUCAACAAGGAAACACAGCUCUUCCCUAUUGCUGGCCUUAUUGCUGCAGAGCUCAAUCGCAAUGGAGCCAACACACCUGACACAGACGAGGGAGAUGACUCAUUGUCACCAUUGAAGUCUGUCACAGAACGUCACCACUCUCACUUUGUUGAGCUUAUUGCUGCUGAGGCUGGUGUCAAUCCUAGCGACAUUCUGGACUUCGAAAUGAUCCUGUUCGACACUCACAAGUCCUGCCUCGGUGGUAUGCAGGAGGAAUUUAUCUUUUCCCCUCGCCUAGAUAACCUGAACAGCACUUUCUGCGCUACAAUUGGUCUGAUUGACUCUGUGGCUGACAAGUCAGCCCUCGAUGACGAAGAUGCGAUUCGCCUGAUUGCCUUGUUUGACCACGAGGAAAUCGGAAGCCGUACAGCACAGGGUGCGGACUCGAACAUUCUUCCGUCGAUCAUUCGCCGUCUAUCAGUCCUCCCAUCCUCCUCUUCCAAGAGCAACGACCUGUCAACUGCCUAUGAGCAGACCCUGUCCACCUCCUUCCUUGUCUCUGCCGACAUGGCCCACUCAGUCAACCCCAACUACGCGGGGAAGUACGAGUCGGACCACAAGCCAGAGAUGAACAAGGGCCCGGUGAUUAAGAUUAAUGCCAAUGCUCGCUAUGCAACGAACUCUCCUGGAAUUGUUCUCCUAGAGGAGAUUGCACGCAAGACCACCAAGGAGACUGGUGUGCAUGUCCCUCUCCAGCUGUUUGUGGUUCGUAAUGACUCCAGCUGCGGCAGCACCAUUGGUCCUAUGCUGUCCGCUGCGCUAGGCGCGCGGACACUAGAUCUAGGUAAUCCGCAACUCAGCAUGCACAGUAUCCGUGAAACAGGCGGUACAUAUGAUGUUGCCCACGCCAUUCGUCUAUUCACUGGCUUCUUCAAGCAUUACUCCGAGCUGUCGAAGACGAUCCUUGUGGAUUAG